UCGAAAUAUAUGGGAAAUCUCAACGUUAUAAAAUUUGGGAAAGAGGUUUCUAGGGUUAGGGUUAAGAAGAAUCUCUCUCUCACAUUUUCAGCAGCUUCCGAUUCCGAUUGCAGAUGGCACCUCCAGAGAAUGAUGGCCGAGGGAAAAAAAAGUUGGAAGAGGAGAGUAGUAAUGGAAUAGUUUCAAAUGUCGCUGAUUCUGAUUCUGAUCACGAUUAUGGUAUGUAUGUCGACUGUCGCAGUAUGUCCCGGAAACUUCGGGAGGAAUAUAAUCGGCAGGUGGAUGAGAGCGAGGGUUUUGAUAUCAAUUUGGAUUUGCCAUUGGGGGUUAGUGUUGUGGCUCCAAUUAAUCCACAAUGGGGUUUCGAGAACAUCCCAAGAUAUACCGAGCUGUCUCACAUGGCUAUUGACGAUUUCAAUUCACAGAAUAAUAAACGGUACGAAUUUGUCAAAAAUUUGACUGUGAACACAUCACUUGCUGCUGGGUUUUGGUGUCGUAUCACCUUUCAAGCCAGGGAUGCUGAUGCUGCUUCUGAUGCUGUAAAGACCUUUCAAACAUUGGCAUGGUGGGGAAUUGAUGGAGACAAAGAAAUUAUAUUUUGCAGGCUUAAGAAUCAAUCCAGUGGUGAAGGUGGCGAGCGACCUCCUGAUUCCAAUGUUGAUGUGAAAGCUACGCAGUGAACUAGUCAUCUCUUUAAACUCUUAUCUAUUAUCUUAAUUAUUAUUGAGAAUGUAGUGUCAUUUAGUUGUGUUAUUACUAAGACAUGAAAAAAAGUGUUGUGAUUUGUCGUCUACACUCGUAGUUAUGUCUUUAAGAACAUAGGGUUAUCUGUGUUCUAUUAGUAAGACAGAAAAAUGUGCUCCGAUGUUAUGAUUCUGGUUAUGUUUGAGGAGGAAGCUUUAUUAGAGUAACUUGGUGUUGAGAAAUCCUCUGUAGCUGGUUGGUUGUUUCGCUUUGAUCUAUGGUAGUGCACUAUUUUGGUUAA